AGCCAAGAUGGGAGUCGUGCGUUCUGUAGUGUUAGUUUUCUGUGUUUUGUAAAUGAAUAAACGGGUGUUUUUCAAUGGAACUGCGUCUGAAAUUGCGACAAUAAUGUUUGUGCGUCUGUUAUAUUUGGAUAAUUAAGCGUCCGCAUAGUGUUUAAGGAAACAAGCUUUAAUCAAAAGUAGUUCAAAAAAUGGAUGGACAAAGAGCGCUCGAACUGAUGCCGCUGCUCCAGGAGCGGCUCGUGAUCCUCUCCGGCGGUCGGGACAGGCGGGGCGGACCGGUCCUGUCGUUCCCGGCCAGUCCCCGCCGUGAACGCGCCAAACCUGAAGACUACCGUCGACUACUCCAGUACCUUAUGUCGUUACCCAACGAUGAGGCUAGAGGAUUAGGAUUCACAGUAUUGGUUGAUAUGAGGGGAGCAACUUGGUCUACAGUCAAACCCAUACUGAAGGCCUUACACGAACACUUUCCACCUGGAGCGGUCCACCAAGCGCUCAUUGUCAAACCGGAUAACUUUUGGCAGAAACAAAGAACGUCCUUAGGAUCACACAAGUACAAAUUCGAGACAAAUAUGAUAAGUAUAGAAGCCUUGUCCAAAAUAAUUGACAGUUCCCAACUGACUUCGGACCUGGACGGUUCCCUGUCAUAUGAUCACGCGACGUGGCUCGAAACACGGUUGGCUGUGGAGGAAUUCGCCUGGCAAGCUGCCGACCUCCUGGACAGACUCGACGAUCUCCAAGAGGACCUAGCACGUAACGACUUCGCCGACGACGUCAGCGGUGCCAAGCACAAAAUUGAUCUCCACAACGAGAUGAAGAAGAAGAUCAUGAAGGCCCCCGUCGAAGAUAUUAACAUGCAAGGUCAGAGAUUGUUGCAAAAGGUCUGUGGUCACGACACAGGUCUGGGAGGCGGAGGCGGCGGGGGCGGCAACAAGGAGCAGGAAACGUCAAGUCAGAUCGGUCCCGACGCGGCCGACAUCAAGAUGCUAGUUCUGCAAAACCUUGAGGCGGUGCACGCACAGCAACAACACCUGCUGCAGCUCUGGCAUCACAAGAAGCUCAAGCUCGAUCAGUGCUUUCAGUUAAGACUCUUUGAACAAGAUUGUGAGAAGAUGUUUGAUUGGAUAUGCCACAAUCGCGACGUGUUCCUUCUGAACUACGUGGAGAUUGGUAACACGUACCAACUGGCCAAGCAGUUUCAGGAAGAGCACCAGCGUUUCACAGUAAACUGCAUGAACGUGUACGUGAACAUCAAUCGGAUUUUGAGUGUGGCCAGUCGUCUGAUAGAGGGCGGUCAUUACGCCGCUCCGCAUAUUCGCUCCUUUGCCGGCCGUUUGGACCGUACAUGGAAGGACUUUGCCGCCGGUCUAGACGAGAGGACUGCCGUCUUAGCCUUAAGUGUGAUAUUCCAUCAUAAAGCCGAGCAGUAUGUGGAUAACGUACCAGCGUGGAAGGGUGCGUGCGAGAAUGCCAGCAUCCCUUCCGAGAUAAUGCUGCUGGAGAACUCGAUUCAUCAGCAUCAGAAUCUGUACGAAUCGAUGUGCCAGGCCUAUACUGAGGUGCAUAGUACAAGUAAGAAACUUCUCUAUCAGUUAGACCACUUGGUACAAGUAUGCAACCAACCUGGAACAGACAAGAAACAUGGCGACGGUACGAACUACGAGAACCGACCGGGCGGAAAUCCAGCCGCCGACUAUAGUGAAGGUGCUAGUCAUGUUUUAGCUGUAAUACACCAAAUAUUAAAUCACCACAGAGCCUUGGAACAGAAAUGGCAUGCCAAGAAGAUCAAGCUCCACCAACGACUUGCUCUUAGAUUAUUUCAGGAGGAUGUCAAACAAGUGUUGGAUUGGUUGGCAAAUCAUGGUGAAGUGUUCAUCAGGAAGAACACCGGGAUUGGAAGGAAUCUGCAGAAAGCUAGGGUUUACCAAAAGAGUCACGAGCAUUUCGAGAAUGUUGCUCAGAACACGUACACGAACGCGGACAAGUUACUGGCCGCCGCCGAGGAGCUCGCCCACACGGGCGAAUGCGACCCGGACGAGAUCUACUCGGUGGCGCACGAGCUGGAGGCGCACGUCACGUCGUUCGCCGCCCGCGUCGAGCAGCGUCGCCGUCGUCUCGAUCUCGCCGUGCUCUUCUACACGCACGAGAAGGAACUCAACAAUUGGGUGGACGAACUGCGACAGGACCUGCAGGCGGACGAGAGCGUGGCCGAGGGCUUGGAACAGACUGAACGGCUGUUGGAGCAGACGGCGCAACACCGCGACCAGAGUCUGGACGCGUGCUCCUCCACCAUCGUGCAGGGGGAGGCGCUGCUUCAAGAACUGAGAUCUAUAGCUGAUAUGGACUCAACUGGUUCGAUCUCAGCAGUCGAAUCAGCCCUGGACCGUCUGGCAAAACAAAGAAACGACCUGGAGGAGCUCUGGGCGGCGCGCAAACUACGCCUGGACCUCUGCCUGCGGCUGCGUCUCUUCGAACGCGACGCCCUGGAAGUAUCCUCCCAGUUGGAGAUGUGGUCGGAGGAGCUGCAACACAGCGAACUGACCCGCGACAUCGCCAAGGCCGAGCAGUUCCUGCGACUGCACAACGAGAGCGUCAGUCAGAUGCAAAACACCACCUACCAAGUGUUACAGCAGGGUCAGGAUCUGGUGCAGGUGUUCGAGAACUCCGGUAUCUGCGUGAUGGCGGACGCACAGUACAACGCCCAGACCAGGGUGCAAGUUUUGUUGGAGUUUUUGCACGACAGGGAAAUGGACCUGGAGGAUUUGGCCGAGUGCAAGAGGAUCAAGUUGGAACAGUGCAUCCAGCUGGGACAGUUCCAGAACGAUGCCAACCAAGUUAUCAGUUGGAUUCGUAACGGGGAGUCGAUGUUAAUGGCUAGUUUUACCAUUCCGAAUAGUUUGGCGGACGCUGAGUUGCUCAAAAAGGAGCACGAGCAAUUUCAGGUGGCGAUAGAGAAGACGCACACCUCGGCGGUGCAAGUUAAGUACAGGGCGGACGCUUUGGUCAACGCCAACCACUACGAUCCACAGAGCAUUAAAGAUAUUUCAGAAGAAGUGACAAAGAGAUGGCAACAACUGGUCACCUGCGCAGAAGAACGUCACAAAUUAGUGACAGCCAGUUUGAAUUUUUACAAAACCGCAGAGCAAGUUUGUUCUGUGCUGGACAGUCUGGAGAGGGAAUACCGCAGAGACGAGGACUGGUGUGCCACCGGCCAACCGAACGUGGACAAAGCCACUGCCAUUUCUCAACUAAUCAAUAAACACCAAGAACAAAAGGAGGCCUUUUUGAAAGCGUGUACUUUGGCUAGACGCACUGCCGAAACGUUUUUGAAGUACACCACGAGAAGCUUACAGUUCUAUAACUAUCCCAGCACGACCGGCAAUCACGAAAGCCGAGUAAAAGGAAUCCUAGAAAAGUUGCUUAGUCAAGAGAACAAAGUACUGGAGCACUGGACUCAGAGGAAGAAACGUUUGGACCAAUGUCAGCAGUUCGUGCUGUUCGAAAGAUCUGCAAAACAGGCCAUUGAGUGGAUCCACGAUACCGGAGAAUGUUACCUAACUACUCAUGCAACGAAUCUCGGCAACAAUAUUGAGGAGACUGAGAGUUUAUUACGGGAGCACAACGAAUUCAAAGGGACGGCGAAGGAAACCCGUGAAAGAGUCAAGCUACUAAUUCAAUUGGCUGAUAGUCUUGUGGAAAAGGGGCAUGCCCAUGCUAGCUCUAUUAAGCAGUGGGUAGCUGCGGUGGAUAACAGAUACAAAGACUUUAGCUCUCGCAUGGAGCAUUAUCGUCAGCAAUUGGAGGAGACUUUGGGUAUACAGGAAGAGGAGGAAACUGAAAAGAAGGAACUGUCGAUAGAUAGAAAUUCAGAUCCGAGUUUGGAAGCUAAAAUCAAGGAAGCCGCUAAUAAGGAUCUGAAAGAGUUGAACGAAGAGAAGAGACGAUCUGCUCGAAGAAAAGAAUUUAUCAUGGCUGAACUGUUGCAAACGGAACGCACUUACGUGAAAGACCUCGAGACCUGCAUCAAAUGUUUCCUUCACGAAAUGAAGAACAGCAACAACGUUCCACCGGCACUACAAGGAAAGGAGGACAUCGUUUUCGGUAACAUCGAGGAAAUUUACAACUUCCACAACUCCAUAUUCCUCAAGGAACUAGAAAAGUAUGAAACGAUGCCCGAGGAUGUGGGCCAUUGUUUCGUCACGUGGGCCCAGAAGUUCGAUAUGUACGUGCAUUAUUGCAAGAACAAGCCGGAGUCCAACAGUAUGUUGGUGCAGCACGGUGGCGGCUAUUACGAAGAGUUGCAGAAGAAGCACAAGGUUGAACAUCCGAUUGCGGCGUACUUGAUUAAACCCGUGCAAAGAAUUACCAAGUACCAGUUGCUGCUCAAGGAUUUGCAGAGUUGCUGUGAGGAAGGGCAAGGAGAAAUCAAGGAUGGUUUGGAGGUGAUGUUGAACGUGCCGAAGAAGGCGAAUGACGCGAUGCACCUGUCGUUAUUGGAGGGCUGUGAUGUAUCUUCGGAUAAACUGGGCGAGGUUGUGUUGCAGGAUGCGUUCAGCGUCUGGGAUCCCAAACAAUUGAUCAGGAAAGGUCGUGAACGGCACAUUUUCUUGUUUGAAUUGUAUUUACUCUUCACCAAAGAAGUCAAAGAUUCCACUGGGAAGGUUAAAUACAUCUACAAGAAUAAAUUGAUGACAUCGGAAUUAGGCGUAACCGAGCACAUGGAGGGUGACGAGUGCAAAUUCGCUGUGUGGACGGGCCGUGCCCCAAUUUCGGAUUACAGAAUCGUCCUCAGGGCGUCGUCGCUGGACACCAAACAGCUGUGGGUCAAGAAACUGCGGGAGGUCAUUCAGGAGACUUACUUCAGUGGCGCCUUGCCCCUAAGUCUGCCGAAAAGUCCCGCCAAGUUAAAGCCUCCCAGUCAGAGAUCGAGUCGGGACAUGGAGGAGUGCAAUUCAUUAGAUGAAAGUGUUGAAAAUCUAGAUCGCAAUUCUCUAGCUUCAUUUGGAUCUGGCAAUACUACAGACUCAGAUAAGACGGGCGUACUGGAAAUGACUUGGGUGGUGAGCGACUUCACAGCCAGCAGUUCUAACGAGCUGAGCGUCACCAAGGGUCAGCAGGUGGAGGUGGUGGAGGUGUGCUCUUCGAAGCCGGACUACUGUCUGGUGCGUAUGCCGACAAGGGGCACCGACCACGACCAGAAGACAGACGUGCCAGAAGGUCUCGUGCCGUUGGCCGUGCUCAAGCAGCCGCCGGCGCCCAGGAGCUCGCCCUCCAGGCGUCCGCCCGCCGCCGAACACGAUAUAGAUACCACCGCUAACGACACAUCAACCGUCAACACAUCGUCGCCGGUUAACAAGAGGAGAGGAUUCAGCGGGCGGAAAUGGUUGCCGCCGCCGCUCCGGAAGCUGUCACAGGGCAAAGUGGAUAAGACCGCCGCCGCCCCGUUAGAGAGGUCACCACUCAAGAAGACUGGCUCCGAUAAGAGAAUCAAGGUACCAUCCGACAUGGGCAACAAGCCGUCCGUCUCCGAGGGCGAGGACGAGGAGGAGCGACAGUCGGUGGCGCAGGGCCGUGCCGCCGCUCCUGAAAUAACGAACGGCGGCGGUGAGGACGUCGACGAGGAGCUUGAGGUGCCGCCGCCCAUGAAACCCAUCCAGGAACCGAUAGUGUUUCCGUCGCCGCCGCCCGGCGUUCCCGGCGUGCCCGAAAUCGAGGGCAACACCUGCAAAGGCCCAACACAAGUCUCAAUAUUGACAGUUCAAGACACCCAAAAGACGGUAAUGCCGUUGGAUCGCAUAUUCGGAGCCAUGUUGGUUUCUAGCUUAACACUAAAAUCACUUGAGGGUGCCACGUCCGCUGAUCUGGCUGAGAUCGAGCAAAUCGUCAAGGAGCGCAUGGAACAGCACACGGAAAACCAGGAGCGCAACUCCCUGCUGCGGGACUCGAGGCCGCCGGAAGACGGUGUGGAGGGAAACACGCACCAGGAAUUGUCGCCGAGAAAUUCCAUGAACGCGUUCGCCGGAAGCGGUGACGAAAGCGACAAACCGUCAGAGGAGAGUGCCGAAGAAUUGCAGAAACGAAUCGAUGGUUGGCUGAGGAAGCGCGAAUUCGUGCUGAAGGAGCUCGUGGACACGGAGGAGGCGUACGUGCAACACUUGAGGGAGCUUGUGGAUGAUUACAUCAAAACCAUGCGGGAUCCUGAGAGUGACAUCCCGAUGCCGGACGAUCUCCGGAAUGGCAAAGACAAAAUGGUGUUCGGCAACGUUGAAGCAAUAUAUGAAUGGCACCAAAAUGUUUUCCUAAAAUCCUUAAAGACAGCAAUAACCAACCCAGUAGAGCUAGGCCAGCUGUUUAAGCGCUAUGAGCGCAAGUUGAACAUGUACGUCGUCUACUGCAAAAAUAAACCGGUAUCCGAAUACAUAGUGUCCGAGCACAUCGACACGUAUUUCGAGGAGUUGCGCGUUAAAUUCGGACACAAACUGCAGCUGUGCGACCUGCUCAUCAAGCCGGUGCAGCGAAUUAUGAAGUACCAACUGCUGCUCAAAGACAUACUGAAGUACACCGAGAGAGCAAAGCGGACUGACGAGAUCGAGCCGUUGCGGGCCGCUUUUAACAUCAUGGUCGUGGUGCCCAAGAUGGCUAACGACAUGAUGGACGUGGGAAGACUGCAAGGAUUCGAUGGCAAGAUAACUGCACAGGGCAACUUGCUGAUGCACGGGUUUUUGAAAUGUUCCGACUUGCCCGGCAGCACCAGUGCAUUGGGCAAGAACAAGGAAUUGCAAGUGUUUCUAUUUGAACAGAGUAUCAUAUUUUCGGAAGCGGUGGGUAAGAAGACGCAGUUCACCAGCCCUCAGUACAUAUACAAGGCUCACAUCCAAGUGAACAAGAUGAAAUUGGAGCAAUUCCCCGAUUGCUUCCAUCUAGAGUCGAGUGACCCUAACAAACCGCCUCAGGGCUUCGCGUGUUACGCCACCGCUGAAGAAUCUCUCGAACAGUGGGUCUCCACGAUUACAGACAUACUCAAGACGCAGCACGAUUUCCUGAAAGCGAUCCAGAGCCCAAUCGCCUAUCAAAAGGAGCUGACGAAAGAGGCUUCCGAAUACACAAAUCACCAACGAAGAACGGUUAAUCUACCAAUAGAAAGCAUGGAAUCAUCCACGCAACCAUCAAAACCUCACAGGAAAACCAACCAAUACCUGCACAAGGCCAACACAAUUGGCAUACCGUCCGAGAGCGAAUUGAGCGAUUCCAGCUCAAACAAGCACAAACCCAGACUGAACUUCUUGGGCUUUAGGAACACCCUCAAGUCCAAAAACAAGUCCGAACCUGCCGUGUUAGACACGAGCAAGGAUGACAAGAACGAGAUGUGCAGGCGGUGGUCAGAGGCCAACAAUGCUACUUGUGAAAACCAUAUUAUGGCUCCUGGAACCCAAGCAAGAUUGGUCUGUGAGUGGCCUGACGUAGCCUUAGGUGAAGUGGUCACCAUAAUAAGAUACGACGCCUCUCAAGGCUACCUUGUGAGAACGAAUACCCAUUUGGAAGAAAUGUGGGUCCCAGCCCACAUUUUAUCGAACUACAAUCGAAAACCCUGGUCAUUCCGCUUCCGCAAACCCACCAGACGCUCCAUCGACAACAACGCACCCCCGGAAUUGAUUCCGGAAGGCAGCGCCCCGGAAUUCAGGGAUAAACUUAAGGACAUAACUGUACAAAGCGGUACCAAGGUGGUGUUCAAAUGUAGGGUGAAGAACUGCGGCCCGAAUCACAAGCAAAGCUGGAAGAAACUGGAACCGAACAUGUGCGUUUUGAGGAACGGAAGGUUUUUGUUAGGGGAGAACGACGAGGGUGUCGCGGUUUUGAAUCUGGACAAUGCUAAGCUGAGCGAUUCUGGUACUUAUUCGUUCAGCAUAACUAACGAUUUUGGAACCGCCACUUGUGUGGCUCUUCUGACUGUCACGAAUAACUUUCCUCCCUUGCAAGAGCCUAAAAUUCACGUAGUGUCUUGUUCAAGUGUGUAUUUGGAAUGGGAGAGUGCCGAGUACAAUCAGUUUAACGUGGAACAUUGCAAACUGGGUACCGGUGAAUGGAUCCAGGCCAACAACAAUCAUCUUGUUUGUGCUCAUCACUACACCGUUGAGAAUUUAACUCCGGGUGAAACCUACAGCUUUAGAAUAAUCGCAGCUUCGAACCUGGUGAUUAGUUUGCCGAGUGUUGCUGUGACUUUGCCAGUGGCGGACAAUUUGAGAUGGCAACAGGAACAGUUCAAGAGAAGGUACAUCGAACUGGAAGAAAUCGACAGAGGACGUUUUUCCGUGGUUAGAUUGGCCAAGGAUAGGGGCACUGGAGUGGAAGUCGCUUUGAAACAGGUGACAAGGAGGAAACAACCGCAUCACAUCACUCAAGCUGAGUACACUCUUUUGGCCAGCAUGCAACAUCUGAACAUUAUCAGGUCGUUGGCGUUGUUCGAUAAUGCUCCUUUGCCCGGAAUUGAUACCAUUGUUCUUGAACUCGUAAGAGGACCAAUGCUUUUCACUUACAUCUGUGAGAGAGGUGAAUAUACGGAAAUGGAAGUGAGAAACUACGUGAGGCAAUUAAUGUCAGGUCUUGCAUGGCUUCAUAAAAAAGAUUUAGCCCAUCUGGAUGUGAAGCCGGAAAACGUAAUGAUCGAUUUGUCGUCUCCCACGCCGAUCCUAAAACUCGUAGACUUCGGUGAUUCAGUGAACACUUCCAAGAACGUGAUUCUGCCGCCCGCCUGUUUGGAAUUCGCCUCCCCCGAGCUAGUGCUUGGCCAGCCCGUGGGGAAACACACCGACUAUUGGGCGGCCGGCGUUUUCCUCUAUGUAUUACUCAGCGGUGUUUCUCCCUUCUUGGAUGACUCCAUGGAGGAAACCACCGCCAACAUACUGAAAUGUGACUAUUGCUUUCCCGAGGAUUAUUUCCGUGACGUGUCGAAUGAGGCCAAGGAACUCAUUGGGAGGCUGCUUGUUUUGGUGCCCUCUCAAAGGCUUAACAUGGAUGAAUGUUUGCACAGUGCCUGGAUGACAGAUGCACUUUUACCAGGAGUUAUACCUUCAAACCGGCUUCGAACUUUUAUGCAUAGAAGACAUCCCAUGAAUGUACAGACUUCUCCAUCUAGUCCAAUUUACUACAGUGAACAUCUAUUUUAGACGAAAUCAGUUUAUUUUUUAAAAUGAUUCUAUAUUUAUAUUAAUGUGAUAUUAUUUUUAUUACUUUCAUUUUUUAAUGUUUCGUCAGCUCUAAUACAUAUGUUUAUUAUUUCCAUUAGCUAGGAUCUUUAUUAUGAAAUAUAUGUAUGAUUAUUUAUUUUUAAAUCCAUUUCAAUUCAAGUGUUUAUAUUUGUAGUUGUAAUUAUAUUAUUAAAUCGUGUUUCGACUGUUAACUUAUUGAUAUAUAUUUGUAAAUAAUAAGAAAUAUACUAUUUUACAAAAC